ACCCUUCAUGGGCGGGCAUAAGUCUCAUUUCGCCCAGUAAUGCAUCAUAAAACGUUUAUAUAUUCUCACCCGUCUAAUCGCGUGUUUUGAAUUCAACGACCCGGAAAACGGUGAUCUACGGACUAGCUGUAUGAGCUGAAACUGUCAGUAUGGCAGAGUGCUUUUUAAUGGAGUUGUGCGUGGACUCAGUGGAGUCUGCUGUCAAUGCUGAACGAGGAGGUGCGGGUCGACUUGAGCUGUGCUCUAGUCUUCUGGAGGGUGGACUCACUCCGAGUCUAGGUGUGCUACAUGUAGUGAAGCAGUAUGUCAAAAUUCCCAUCUAUGUAAUGAUACGCCCUCGUGGGGGCGACUUCCUGUACUCCGACCUUGAAGUGGACGUGAUGAGAAAGGACAUAGAGCUUAUGAAGAUCCAAGGAGCCGAUGGACUUGUUCUGGGUGCCUUGACAGAAGAUGGACGGGUGGAUGCAGAGCUCUGCAUGGAGUUAUUGGCUGCUGCCCGUCCCUUGCCUGUCACCUUCCACCGAGCUUUUGACAUGGUUCAUGACCCAGCAGUAGCUCUGGAGGCGCUGAUAUCGUUAGGGUUCGAGCGUGUGUUGACUAGUGGCUGUGACAGCUCCGCUUUGGAGGGACUGCCUCUCAUUAAACGGCUUGUUGAUCAAGCAAAGGGCAGAAUUAUCAUAAUGCCAGGAGGAGGUAUCACAGAAAGGAACCUACAGAGAAUAUUAGAGGGGUCAGGGGCUCAAGAGUUUCACUGCUCAGCCCGCUCAAGCCGGGAAUCUGCAAUGAAGUUCAGGAACACCUGCGUCUCAAUGGGAGCUUCUUUCUCAGCACCUGAGUACGGCCUGAAGGUGGCAGAUGUGAGCAAAGUCCGAACUCUAAACGCAAUAGCCAAAAAUACCUUGUGACUGUAUAACAGUCAUGAUAGACUGGGAAAAAAAAAUUACCUCAAAAGUAAUCAUGAGUAAUAAUACUGAUGUGUACUGAUUAAAUUCCAUAAAUAAAUGUCAUAAUCGCCAGAAA